UUCUUUUUUCUAUUUUCUAAAAAUUCCCUUGGUGACGUCAACGAUGGUUUGCAUGUUUUUCGGAAUAGCUUGCAUUGAUGACAACUAAAUGACAGUGCAACGGAGUUGACAUCUAUGUUAAACAUGUAAAACUGAACAUUGGUCAGAAAAUGCUCCUACGAGUUUUUCAGCUGUCUUUUUUCGCAUCAUUAGUUGAUUUCGUCUCAGGUUUUGAAGAGCCAACGAAAUGUAUCAUCAUACAGGACAAGCAAGCGCUUAAACUACCCAAGGUUCCAGAAUUUCUUACAAAAAACAAAGACGUCUGUCGUCAUGGAAGCGCUAACUGGCAGGGGCAAGAAAGUUUACAGUGUGGAACCGGUAGAGUAUACAUCACACCAGAGUGUGUCUGUACCUAUCAUAAUGUAUGGGAAGCAAUGUACCAUGAACAUACCUCAUGUCCUGCCAACGAGAAAUCAGACAGUGUCCUGCUCCUUAAAUGCUCAGACUGUGAAAAAUAUAGUCUUAAUAAUACGGGUCCGUGUAUAAAUGGAGGAAUUCUGAAUUGUGAAAAUGAUGCAUUGGCGCCAGAUAUUCAAUGUGAUUGUCCAAAUGGUUAUUCUGGGAUGUUUUGUGAGAAUGAAAUGCAGAAGGUGACAAGAGUAUGUAACAGAACGCUAAAUAAAGAUGGUUUACAAAACUGUGAUAGUACUAAAAAGGAAUGCAUUACGUAUAGCGAAAAGAAGCAUUAUAUGUUUAAGUGUAAUGAAAUUUUACCUAUCGGGGAAGAAAAGGAUUUACCCUUAUGUAACAAUACAGAAACAGUUACUGAGGCCAAGCUCUCUUCAUCGAAAUCUACAGAUUCAACAAUCUCAUUUCUGGAAGACGACCGCAAUAAACCAAGCAAAGAUUUGACUUCAGGGACUAAUGGAAUGUUAUCCAGUUUGUUGUUAAUAUUUUUAACAAACCAAGGUUUUUAUUUUCUGUUUAAAUCAUAAUUGUAUAUCCUAUUAUUAUAUAUUUUAUACUUCAUUUUAUAAAAAAUAUAUUCUUAUCAUUUACUUUACAUGCAGAAGUGAUUUUAUUAUCAAUCAGUAUUGACAAUUUAUCAUUUUGCACUGUGUAAUAUCAUAGUUUUAUCUGAACUCUGUGAAAACCGACAUUUCGAGUUUCGAUUUCUAUGCAAAUAAUAAUGAUCUCAGUGAAUUUUAAUAUUCAUUGUACAAAAUUCAAUAAUUCAAAAUGUAAAACAUGACGUGUAAAUGGAUUACCCAAAUUGAUUAAAAUCUCAGAACCAGGUCAACUAUCAUCCGCUAUUGAGGUUUGAAAUUUUUUUUAUAAUAAUUUGGACAUGAAAUGUACGAUCAAAGUUCUAAGAAUUGUCAAAAAUUGAUUCCUUUGAAUAAAAUAUUUGAAUUA